AAACGUCAAAAACAACUUUCCAAAUCCAAAAGAAAAACAAAAGUUUCGUUCGGUGGUCGGAGAUUGCGGAAAAAGUUGAUAAAUUACUGCAAAAAUCGAUUUGAAUUCUGGUCAAAUCAUGGCAUAUUAGCGUUGAGAGGCUUUCUCUUCAAAAUUGGUCAAACAAAACAAACAACAAAAACACUGCUCGUCGUCGUUUGUUGCGUGGUGUGAAAAUUAUCUAAUUUCGGGAGGAUGAUCGUCCGAGUGGUGGACGUGGCCAAGACGAUCGGAACCCGCCAGAACUUGUUUCCGUACCUGGCGCUGUGCCGGCUCGGCGGAAGCAAUCAGAUUGGAUUAAUUGCACUGCGGAAGCUGUCGGCGUUCAGCAACUCAAAGUUCUCGAACAAAGUGUUGGCAAACGACUUUCUGAGUCGGUCCAACGUCAACGCGAAAAAUGCUUUCAGUAUUUCUAAGCUCACGUUUAGUUCUAAGUCAAAUAGCACCGCACAAGAGGGCAAACCGGCUGGGGAUGGCAAGGAUAAGGCCGCCCAGGAGACCACCCUAGAGAUAGACACCAAAAGUGGGAAGCUACUGGUCAAGACGACCACCUCUGCCGACGCAAAGCUCCAGGAGGUGAUAAUCGAAAAGCCAAAGACGCUUGGCGACGACAGCGAUGGCCAGCUUAAAGUCCUUUCCCUGACCGACGACGAGAAGCUCCGGAAGGUGGAGGCCGAGCUGAAGGAGCAACUCGCCGAAAAGAACCGCCAGCUGGCCAAGAAGCGCAUCCGGGUGGACUUUUCACGGUCUUCUUUGGAGCGCAACUUUAUAACUCCGGUCCGCGCCAUGUCGGACUUUCUGCUGAAGCCGUCCGAUCUGGAGUCGCUGCCGAAGACGAAGCGAAGAUCGCCGUACGAGCAGGAACCGCCGAUUACGGUGUACUGGCGGAAGGACGUGGAAGCGCAGGCGAUCGCCGUGUGGGGCUCGCGGGAGAAUCUGCUGAAGGAGUGUCUGAAGCGGGAGAUUGAGAAGAAGCGGCACCAGCAGAAUAUCUUCACCGUAAAGCGAAGGCUGCGCGAUUAUCGGCGGGAGAUUGGCAGCAGGACGAACGUGGUCGAUUCCGAGCCGGGACUGUUUGGCAAGUCGGGGAAGGUGGUGCUUACGGCAAUUGCCAUCAACGCCACCAACUGCCUGUUCAAGUUCGGCGCCUGGCUGUACACGGGCUCGCACAGCAUGUUCGCCGAGACGAUCCACUCGCUGGCGGACACCAUCAACCAGCUGAUUCUGGCGUACGGGAUCCACAAGAGCACCCAGAUCGCCGACUCGGACCAUCCGUACGGGUACGCGAACAUGAAGUACGUCUCGUCGCUCAUUUCCGGCGUGGGAAUCUUCUGCGUGGGGACGGGACUGUCGUUCUACCACGGGAUCAUGGGCCUGGUGGAUCCGCACCCGAUCGAUGACUUUUACUGGGCGUUCUUCAUCCUGGGCGGUUCGCUGGUUUCGGAGGGUGCAACGCUGCUGGUGGCCAUCAACAGCUGCCGGGACGGCGCGAAGGCGCUCGGGAUGAGCUUCAAGGAUUAUGUUGUUCGCGGUCAGGAUCCGUGCGUGAAUGUGGUGCUCACGGAGGACGCCGCGGCGGUGCUAAGUGUGGCGCUGGCGGCGACUUGCAUGGGAGUGUCCACGUACACGGGAUCACCGAUUCCGGACGCGAUCGGAUCGCUGCUCGUGGGCUGCAUGCUCGGUGGAGUAGCUUCGUUCAUCAUCUACACGAACGUGGCUGCGCUGGUUGGGCGGUCCAUCCGGCAGGAGAAUCUCGACAGAAUAAACGCCGAACUGGAGAGCGAUAUCAUGAUCCGGGCAAUCCACGACGUCAAGGGGAUCGACAUGGGCAACUCGCUGGUGCGGUACAAGGCUGAAAUGGACUUUGACGGGCGGGAGCUUACCCGGGUCUACCUGGACAAGCAGGACCUCAGCGUGCUGCUGGAGGAGGUCAAAACGUUCCAGACGAUCGACGAACUGGAGGCGUACAUGCUGAAGCAUGGCGAGAACAUUGUCGACCUGAUGGGCGGUGAAAUCGAUCGAAUUGAGAUGAAAUUGAGGAAAAAGUUCCCCGAAAUCCGACACUGUGAUCUGGAGAUAUUGUAAGUCGACCUUGGGCGAUACGAAGUUGUGAAUGUUACGCAGAGCGAAUCUAAACCCCCCUUAACGUGUAAGAAGAAAAUAAAUCAGCUAUUCCAAAUUUCAAACAAACUUGCUACAAAUCUAUUUAACUAACUUAUCCAACGCAACACUGAACGCACUUGGUGAUACACGGACCUGAGAUGACGCUAAGCUAGUUUAAGUACUUAACAAAGAACCGAGUGAGCGUGGAAAGGUCUCUACUGGCUUUUCGCCCCGAUAAAAGUAACACAGUCUGAGCAGCAACCGAUCCAGUAGCGAACGCGCGAACUAUAACUUAUUGUUCAAAGUGUAGACCGAGUUCAACUCAAUGUUUAAAGUUCACUGCUUGCGCGCACCGUGCGCUACAGAAAUAGUGAGACAAUAUCUAUUACUAACGUGUAACUAUUUUCGGUGAAAUAAAGAGAUAUUAAUGUGA